AUGAUAUCCACGAUUCAGAACCCUGGAGCUUCUCUAAUAGCGCAGCUAGCGUCUCCGCCGAAUAUAUCUCUACAAAUACUCGGAACACACGCCGCAGGCGAACAGACCGAAGUCGUCGAUUUCGAUCUUUGGAUUGACUGUUCAAAGCAAGCGAAAAUCAAGUCCGGAGAAUUCUUGACAAGCAACGAAAAUGACCAUCGCUCUUGGGAGCAGUCCGAUGCUUCCAGUCACAGUUUCUCGAUAACAUCAUCUGGUUGGCUUCAAGAGUGGCUUGGUAACAGAAACGACGGAGCAAGCUGGACAAUCCGUAAACUAGUAUCUUUGCGCGAUGACGAUCCCACUGCUAUAAAAGCCCAUGCGGAGGGCCUGGCACGCAACAUCGCGUAUGGCGGAUCCAUUAUUGUUGAAAUUCACACACCACCUCCUGAGGCUGGUGUCCCUGAAAACACCGCCGAAGUUCGAGCGGAAUGGAGUUUUAGAUCUCCUUUCAGUCCUACGGAGCAACCAUGGGACCUGUUGGUAAUGAAUGCAAUGGUCGACCGCAGAAGGGGAUUUAUCUCUGUUGAUGAGCCACGACUAUCCCACGGAAGAUCACCCUUGCGCAGGGCCAUGAAAUCCAAUGACACUUCUACGGUCAUAUCACAGGUUCAAAAUGAGGAGGGGUUCAAGCAUACAGCAUACAGUGCUGCGAUACUCUAA